AUGAAACAAACAAGCACCGCCGCUCUCCUCUCCACUCUCUCCACCCUCGCCCUCGCUUCUCCCCAAGGCUUCGGCGGCCGCGGCGCAAACGGCGAAGACGGCUAUGGUGCAUGGGGUCAAUGGGCCAGCGAAAACAGCGUCACAGGUUACCCCACCAACAGCGCCGAAUGGGCUAGCUGGGCCAGUUCCAAAGGUCUCCCGACCGAGACAUCUGCCUGGUCCUCUUGGGCUUCCGCUCACGCUGGCUACGGCGGAGGAGGCAAAUGGGGUGGAGGCGCAGGGCCUUGGCCAACUUCCGCUUACUCGGAUUUCGCGUCUUGGACUUCCACUGCGAGUUUGACUGCUGCCCCCACGGACACCGCUGAGUGGGAUAGUAUUACUUCUGCGCAUCCUCUUCCGAGCGAUCUUUCGAGUGCGGGCGAUUGGUGGAAGAGUAAUGGUUUUGUGGGAGGUCAAGCUUGGCCUGAUGCGUGGACUACCAAUGAUGGAGGUGAAGGGUUCUGGAAUGGUCCUGUAGGCUGGCACGGGCCUGGUAACGCUGGGGGCUAUGGACCUUUUGGACCAGGUCGCGGGAGUGGUGGUUGGGGAAACGGGCCUUGGGCUUCGAGUGGGUCGUGGACGAAAGGUCCUUGGACGCAGUGGUGGGGAACUGAUGCUUGUCCCGCGAGUACUUGGUCUGGCUGGACCGACGGCCCUUGGGGCUCCUCCGCACCUUGGACAACCUGGUCAGGCUGCACAGCCGAAACGACCGCCACAGCAACCACAACUGUCACCACAACCGACAGCGCAGGAAGCAGCAUCACUUCCCUCAGCACAUCUUUCGGCAUCCGUGUCGCUGAAGCCACCGGCGUUGCUGUCACGACCGACUCUGAUGGCAACACUGUCACCCCGACAAACACCGACUCUGGCGCUAUGCCCACUGGUCUCGGACUCAUGGGCUCUGCGGCUGGUGUCGUUGGUGUCGCUGCUGCUGCUAUCUUGUUGUAAGGAUGAUGAUGGUUGGCUCGAUGAUGAAUGGAAAUGAGAAUGCGAACAGAGUUAUGAAUGCGUUGGGAAUAGAGGUGCGUGUAUCUUGUAUGGCAUGGAAGACCGCGAUACCCUUGGAUUUUGAACGGCAUGGCAUUGGACCACAAUCAUUAUACAUAGCUAUGAAUAUAAGCGAGCAAGCCUGACGAAAUUAUACCAACC